GUGCAAUCACAUCGCACCCUCUUUGCCACAAUUUAUUUCAGAUUCACGUGCAGAGAGCUUGUCCAUUCAGUUCGGUCAGCAGUAAACAUCAAACGCCUCUCUCCGUUGGAGUUUACAAGAGUUUUGCAUUUCCGAGAGAUGUGAAGUACCCUUUGCUAUAGAUUGGAGUACUAUGUGCGUCGCUGCUGUUGCACCGCGCAAGAAGUUUUAUGCCCAGCAAGCACUUGCACACGAGUUGUGACACUGAGACGUGAAAUUUACAAAUUCUUCGGCUGAACCGGGAUUUGGGAUCAGGGUGCAUUCUCUUACGCUUGGUUACAUUUGGCCACUCAAUCCAAGCAGCAAACGUUUACUUCUCUGUGAGAGUGGAGGAGAGAAUGGAAGGCGCAGGUCCAUCCAUUGUCAGUCAAGCUGCUGAACUUACUAGCCGAAAAAUGGACUACUCAGACGAGGAACCGGAGCUUCCCCGCGAGGUCGACGCCGAACUUGCAACACGGGAAAUAGACUCCUCAAACGAGGAUUCGGAGCUUUCCCGCCAGGUCGAGGUCGAGGAGGAGGUCGAGGACCUUAUAGAGUGUUUGGAAGGAAAAGGCUUUCAACCAACGGGGCUUUCACGGCAUUUCACAACCCUUUCUGAAAGGGUUCGUAAGGAAUUCUUUCCGGAGCGUGCAUCGCUCUCGACGAUAACAGUGCGGCAAAGCCAAGUGCGCCUUCGACUGCUGGAGGCAAUCGGCAACUGCAAGACCCUUGAGUAUUUGGAGGUAGAAGAAAUUUGUGACCAUGAUAUAUCGAAGUUGACGGAUAGCGAAUGGGAUGUAGUUUGGAGAGGGUUCAAGUCUAGCACUGUUCUCCGAGAGAUAAGCAUUAAAGAUAUGCAUUGGAAUUCAGAUACGGAAGUGGAGAGAUUGUGUUUACAGCUUGGGGGAAUUCUGAGUAGCUCUAGCGUUACACGUUUGGAUAUACGGUCCUGCCCAUUAACUGCCAGAUGUUUCCUGAAUCUUGCCUCAGGACUGCGAGAAAAUUCUGAUUCUAAUCUUAAGUAUUUAGAACUAUAUACGGCGUGGGAGGACUUGAGUGCAGUGAAGCAUGUGGCUGACAUGAUCAACAGUGCUAUGGUAACACACUUUUUGUUUUUUUUGCAGAAUUUAAACAAUUUUAGAAAACUAGUACCAAAGUAGUGUUUGUAGUUAGAAAAGUGUACGUUAAAUAGAGUGGAUUGAUGAGAUCGUCACGAGGUCACAAAGAAUCGCGUAGUCGGAUGUACCAACGCCAAUGUCUUUGUAAUAACCCACUAAAGGCUAAAACUGCAAUAUAGUGGUAGA